GCCAACAGUGGACACACUCGACACACCAAGGAUCUGCAGCUACCAAUAAACAAUGGAAUACAUCACCCUCGCCGUCCUGGUCUUCAUCUCCCAUGCGUGGGGCACGGCUACGGCCGCCCACGCCCCGCCCAACCCCGUCAAGAUGAAGCACGACAUCAUGUGGCGGUCCAACCAGCUGCUGAACAAGCUGGUUGAGAAGAAGUAUCCCAACAAUGCGACGAUACUGGGUCCACCCGAUCAAGUGGACGGGCUCUCCUCGCUCACGUCGCUUCUGGAAGGCUACGAAGAUCUAAUCCCUUCCAGCGAGUCUCAGGUGAAGGCAGAGAUCAAGUCUCUGAAGGGUUUCCUGGACCUCUGGAAAAAGCGCCACUGCGGAGGAGACGACAGGGUAAAAAGCACUCCGGCCGCCGGGAGCGCUCUGCAGCUACUGCAGAGCUAUCGGACCUUUGUCCCGAUCAUCAACGUCCAGGCCCAUCUCAGAGUCAAGAAUAUACUCACUCAGCUGAAGGACAACAAGGGCAACCUGGACAAAUGCUGAGAAAUGGAAACUCCAAAACAAGCAUGUUAGGUUCAUUGAAAGCUUUUGACUUAUACAUUUCGGAGAAUACGUGUAAUGGUAGUUAGCAGAAGUAUGCGUGCGUUAUGAAUGAUUACGUUUCAAUGUAAUCAGAUUGGAUGUCUAGCAACGUCAAUGGCAGUCACUAAUUUAAUGAGACCAUUAGUCUAGGUAAAUGUCUUUACUACGGAGCCCCUUAAGGGACAUCGACGGAAAUAAAAUAAAUUUAAGCAAUCUGGUGCGCACCACAAACUCUGGUAAAUAUUAGCGUUAUAUAGCAUUUAAGCAAGCGGACUUUCGCUAUGCCAGUUAACAAAUUGUUGUAAACAUUAGCAUUAUAUAGCAUUUAAGAGAGCGCACUUUCCGCAAAAUCUGCAAGCUUAAAUGCUAUAAAAUGCUAAUAUUUACCAAAUAGUUCCUGGUGCGCACUAGAAACAAUCUGGUGAGCACCAGAUCGCUUAAAUUUAUUUUAUUUCAGUCUAAGUACCUUAAAGGACUCCGUACGCACAGGAUAGUACGUAGUGCACCAGAUUGUUUUUGGUGCGCAAUAGAAAUAAUUUGGUGUGCACAAGACUGUUUUUGGUGCGCUAAGAGAAACAAUCUGGUGCACACCAUAUUGUUUUUAUUGCGCAUCAGAUAGUAUGUGGUGUGCACCAGAUUGUUUUGGGUGCGCAAUCAAAACAAUAUGGUGCGCACCAGAUUCUUUAUGGUGCACAGUAGAAGCAAUCUGGUGCGCACUAGAAACAAUUUAGUGCGCACCAGAUAGUAUGUGGUGUGCACCAGAUUAUUUCUGGUGUGCACCAGAAAUAAUUUAGUGCGCACCAGACUGUUUUUGGUGCGCUAAGAGAAACAAUCUGGUGCACACAAUAUUGUUUUUAUUGCGCAUCAGAUAGUAUGUGGUGUGCACCAGAUUGUUUUGGGUGCGCAAUAAAAACAAUAUGUUGCGGACCAGAUUGUUUUUGGUGCGCAGUAGAAGCAAUCUGGUGCGCACCAGAAACAAUUUCGUGCGCACCACAUACUAACAAUUUAGUGCGCACCAGAUAGUAUGUGGUCCGCACCAGAUUGUUUUUGGUGCGCACCAGAAAUAAUUUAGUGCGCACCAGACUGUUUUUGGUGCGCUAAGAGAAACAAUCUGGUGCACACCAUAUUGUUUUUAUUGCGCAUCAAAUAGUAUGUGGUGUGCACCAGAUUGUUUUGGGUGCGCAAUAAAAACAAUAUGGUGCGCACCAGAUUGUUUUUGGUGUGCAGUAGAAGCAAUCUGGUGCGCACCAGAAACAAUUUAGUGCGCACCAGAUAGUAUGUGGUGUGCACCAGAUUGUUUUUGGUGCGCACCAGAAAUAAUUUAGUGCGCACCAGACUGUUUUUGGUGCGCUAAGAGAAGCAAUCUGGUGCACACCAUAUUGUUUUUAUUGCGCACCAGAUGUUAUGUGGUGUGCACCAGAUUGAUUUGGGUGCGCAAUAAAAACAAUAUGGUGCGCACGAUUGUUUUUGGUGCGCAGUAUAAGCAAUCUGGUGGGCACCAGAUCCAAUUUAGUGCGCACCAGAUAGUAUGUGGUGUGCACCUGAUUGUUUUUUUGUGCACACCAAAAACAAUCUGACGCGCACCACAUACUUUCUGGUGCGCACUUAAUUGUUUCUUGUGUGCACCAUAUUGUUUCUAGUGCACACCAGAUAGUAUGUGGUGUGCACCAGAUUGUUUUUGGUGCGCACCAGAAACAAUUUAGUGCGCACCAGAUAAUAUGUGGUGUACACUAGAUUGUUUUUGGUGCACACCAGAAUGUUUUGGUGCACACUAGAAACAAUUUAGUGCGCACCAGAUUUUUUUGGGUGCGCACUAACAAUCUGAUGUGCACCAUAUUGUUUUUAUUGCACACCAGAUGUUAUGUGGUGUGCACCAGAUUGUUUUGGAUGCGCAAUAAAAACAGUAUGAUGCGCACCAGAGACAAUUUAGUGCACACCAGAGAGUAUGUGGUGCGCAUCAAAUUGUUUUUGGUGCGCAGUAAACACAAUCUGGUGCACACCAAAAACAAUUUAGUGCGCACCAGAUUGUUUUUGGUGCGCAAUAGAAACAAUCCGGUGCGGACCAGAUAGUAUGUGGUGUGCACCAGAUUGCUUUUGGUGCACAAGAAAACCAAUCUGGUGCGCACCAGAAACAAUCUGGUAAUUACAGUAUAUAGCAUUUAACCCAGCAGACCUUUGCUAUGCAAGUUAGCACGUUUGUUGUCCUUAGAUUUUCAUUUAUUUAUUUUAUAAGUCAUUUCAGGCUAAACUCAGGCGCCAGUGGAGUCCAAGAUUAAAGUAAAGCUCAACUAAAUCCGCAUCUCGUGCGCACUAGAUGUUUUAAAUUUAUUUUAUUUCUGUCGAUGUCCCUUUAGCAGCUCCGUACUUAACUAUUAGACAUAGUAGAAUUGUUAUAGAUGUCAUCCUAAUGUCAACCACUAGAUGUCAGCAUUGUGACAAAUUAGACUUAAACAUGAACCACUGUAUUUAUGGCAUAGUAGCACUGACAGGACAAACCUGAAACUCGCAGCUCAACAACCUUCCAACUGUUAAAACGGCUUUAAUGUGAUUUCGUACAUUAACAUUGACGGUGACUGACAUCCAAUUCAUUUUCGCUGAAACGUUAUAAUUUAAUGCCAGUUUGUUAUCAAUGAACCUAACAUACUUGCUAUCAGAAUGUAAGAGGAAGCCACGUGAAAACUCCACGCAGGAAGGCCGGAGGUUCGAACCCAGAACCUCAGAACUGUGAGGCAAACCACUUGGUCAUCAUUCUUAUUUAAUACCGCUAUUUUAUUUAUGUCAACAUCCAUCACCAGCUCUUCCGAUUCUGCAGUUUCUCACCUUCAAAUGUGCAUUUCACAUAUUUUUAUAUUGUAUUUGCUUUUUAUAAAGAAUUAUUUAAGAUAAAAUGUCUAAUAAA